AUGGCCCUGUCAUCUUAUCAGCAGGACUUCCUUAAUUCUGCGUGUUACGCUGCAGUAUUCGCACUAAUCUGGUAUGGCUACCUGCUCACAUCCGCACUGGAGGUGAAAUAUAUAUGGCGAGCAAAGAGGAUUUUUACCCCAGCCUGCUUGCUAUUUUACAGUGUGCGAUACAGCCGUCUGACAUUUGCGCUGUUGAUAUUGCGGUCGACCUGGUCGGGGAAGUCACUUUUGAGGUAA